UCUCGCUUCCUAUAACAUCAACUUUCACUAACUGCAUCGUGUCCAUCAGGUUUUCUUGCAGCCUCAAAGGCCAUAGCUAACUCGCACCUCAUGUUAUAAACUUGCGCAACACUAUCAUAUAACGAAAUGACGAUGACCACCCAACCGCUGAUUCCCCUACCCUCUCAUGAUCAUACACGGCGGCCCCUCCAGAGGCCAAUUGCACAACCCCAACCAAUCUAUUCACGCAUCAACCCACUCGACGCAGCUGAGAUCGACCGUUUCGCAACUUUGUUCUCCCCCGCAACGCCCCCAGGAACUCCAACACCUAUCUUUCGCGAUCAGCCUCCAACAAGUCGCCCGCAGCAGCACAGAAAUCGCACAGCAAGUAUAGACUCCGAAUUCGGUGCCUUUGUAUCGGUGCCUGCUGCUCAAGACCCGCUUUCAUUUGACUUUCCGGUGCUGGAGCCUGUCGCCCUGAAGUCUCAGAGACCUGCCAUAGCUGGGAACGCAAGCUUACAUUACUUUGAUCAGUUCACCUCCAGCGCAAAAACGGCUUCUGAGCAGAAUAGACGGGUUGUCCUUGAUGAGCUGCUGGAGCAUGAAGAUGAUCCUUUGUAUUUUCUUCGGGAGUACAUUCAACCUCCAUUAUCUCCCCUAUUCGAAACUCAACCAACGUCGGCUCAAAAUGGUAUCGUUACGCAAUCACCGUCUCCGAUACCACCAACUGUGAACUUGAUUGACGCAGAUGUCAAGCCGCCUUCUCCUCCCCCACACAAGUUGCCUGUGCUCACUACGAGCGUAAGCUCUCAGCCCCCCGUGAAUAUACGCGAACCUCUUCCUCCCCGUCUCAGUGGAGUAGCCUCGCCUCCAUCAGCAGGCGUUCCUUCUGCAUCAACCUCGUCGUUUCCCUCUUCCCCAGCCACGCCUCCAGCACAUGCUACGUUAUCCCGCCUUUCCUCCACCUGGGUCUCGGCGUUCCUGCCAUCUGCUCGAUCUAGACAAUCCACAGGAUCUUCUACAUCAAGUUUGGUACAUCCAGCACCUAGUAACAGUAACCUACCUCAGCCAACGCACAUGCAUGUGGCGCAUCAGACGUCUGGCAUCACGCGUGGCACCCCUUUUGCCACUCACCCUUACAUUCCACCAUCCGGUGCCCCUGGUUUCGCAGGCGAUCGGAUCUGGGACAAGGGCUUCUCAGACGCACUCCACGAUGAGGAAAUGAGUGAAGUAAAGGGCGUGCUAGGAAAAGGGAAGAAGAUCCAUGCCCUCAAUCUUGUUGGAAGGAGAGAGGGCACAUCAGUAGUGCUGAGCGAACCCAUCGCAAAUCUCAUUCGUCCCCACCUUCCAGCACUCACUCGUCUUCCACGGACAUGGACUCUAUUGUACUCGCUCGACCAACACGGUAUCUCGUUGAAUACGCUGUAUUCCAGAUGUGAACCCAAGUUGCCCUCGACGCCAGGUGCAACGAAAGGAGCUCUAGUUGUGAUCAAAGAUGCAAGAGAUGCGAUUUUCGGCGUGUGGAUGGGGGAUGGGUUAUGGUUGGAAAGAGGAGGGUACUAUGGGAGUGGCGAGUCCUUCCUUUGGAGAUACCAACGUCCUUCAAACAAAGAGGACGGGCUAGAAGAAGGGACACUUGAUGUGUACAAAUGGACGGGGAGGAAUGAUUACGUUGCGCUCUGUGAGCCCGGGUUCAUAUCUUUUGGUGGCGGAGACGGACACUACGGUCUUUACCUUGAUGCCUCCCUCCUUGACGGAUCUUCCGCACCAUGUCCUACAUUUGACAACCCUGUUCUGUGUUCUCGUGUGGAUGUUGGGAGCGUCGGCGUUAAGAAGGAUGUGAGCUUUGAGUGUGUAGGACUGGAGGUGUGGGGUGUAGGACCUUAAUUGCUGUCGUUUUGUGAGUAGUAUGAUGUGCUUGAUUCCUUUAUUUCAUCUGCUUCUGAAGGCAAAUGUUCUCAUUUUCUAUUGGCUGAUCUAUUU